ACCAGCAAACUAAGCCACCCUCUUCACCCCUAGUCUCCAAGCAGAAGAAGUUUACUUUCCGAGGAGCAGCUUUUAAAAGCAAUCCAGACAUUUUCCGGGGGCAGGGGAGCCUUUCGGCCCGCUCCUUCUGAGUGGACAAUCUUGGACUGCUUUCAACACAGGGUGGGGAGAAGGGCGAGGAAAAUGCGUGUCUGGGGGGGAGCGGCAGGGCAGGCUCAGUAGCAAUUCGCUCGGCAAGCCGGAGAGGGGAAGGGCAAGCUCAGGGGGACUAACGGCGAGAGGAGACUGUGGCUGUUGCAGGAGCGGAGGCAGGGCAGGGGGCGGCCAAAGGAGGGUGGUGGCGUUUGCCUGGCGGACGCUCGGCUGUUUCUCCUCCCCGCGUGGAUGUCUCCCUGUUGUUUGGUGCAUGAUUGAACGGAGAGGAGGAGUUGGAAGCUGCGAGUCUAUCAAGAGGAAGGCUUGGGGAGGGGGGUAGGUGGGGAAGGUUGAGCUAGCGGCCGGGGCGGAGAGGGGGGCACGCUGUGGAUGUGCCUGCGCGUCUCCGCGUGUUAGCAGUUAGGGCUCUUCCUGGGAUCGCCUCGCCUUGCUUCGCUGUCUCCCCGGGAGGGGCGGGGGUGCUGCUCCCCGCGAAGAAACAGAAGGGCUCUCUCGUGUUUGUGGCUUGGGGUGUGCGUGUUUUCGGGGUGGGGGUGGGGGCUGUGCCUGAACCAGUUAGGAAGAAUGACUCUGGAGUCCAUCAUGGCGUGCUGCCUGAGCGAGGAAGCCAAGGAAGCCCGGCGGAUCAACGAUGAGAUUGAGAGGCAGCUCCGCCGGGACAAGCGGGACGCCCGCCGAGAGCUGAAACUACUGCUGCUGGGUACAGGAGAAAGUGGCAAAAGCACAUUUAUCAAACAGAUGAGAAUUAUUCAUGGUUCAGGAUACUCUGAUGAAGACAAAAGGGGGUUCACAAAACUUGUGUAUCAGAAUAUAUUCACAGCGAUGCAGUCUAUGAUCAGAGCCAUGGACACACUGAGAAUCCCAUACAACUAUGAACAUAAUAAGGGUAAUGCACAGCUAGUUCGAGAUGUUGAUAUAGAGAAAGUGUCUUCAUUUGAGAACCCUUAUGUAGAUGCAAUAAAGAGUUUAUGGAAUGACCCUGGUAUCCAAGAAUGCUAUGACAGACGACGGGAAUAUCAGUUGUCAGAUUCUACUAAAUAUUAUCUUAAUGAUUUGGACCGUAUAGCAGAUUCUGGCUACCUGCCCACCCAACAAGAUGUGCUUAGAGUUCGAGUUCCAACUACAGGAAUAAUUGAAUAUCCAUUUGACCUGCAAAGUGUAAUUUUCAGAAUGGUGGAUGUUGGGGGGCAGCGAUCAGAACGAAGAAAAUGGAUUCACUGUUUUGAAAAUGUCACCUCCAUUAUGUUUCUAGUUGCCCUUAGUGAAUAUGAUCAAGUGCUUGUGGAAUCAGACAAUGAGAAUCGAAUGGAGGAAAGCAAAGCACUAUUUAGGACGAUUAUCACAUAUCCUUGGUUCCAAAACUCUUCAGUCAUUCUGUUCUUGAAUAAGAAAGAUCUUCUAGAGGAAAAAAUAAUGUACUCCCAUCUAGUUGACUAUUUCCCAGAGUAUGAUGGACCUCAGAGGGAUGCACAAGCAGCAAGGGAAUUCAUCCUGAAGAUGUUUGUUGACCUGAAUCCAGAGAGUGAAAAAAUUAUCUAUUCCCACUUCACGUGUGCCACAGACACAGAGAAUAUCCGCUUCGUCUUUGCUGCUGUCAAGGACACUAUCCUACAGUUAAACCUGAAGGAGUACAACUUGGUCUAACUGUGCCUCUUAGUUCUCCAUCCCCCUACCCCCCCACGGGCAAUUGAAGAUAUUGAAGAGGGACUGUAUUAUCUGUGAAAAUGAUCCGCAUAAUACUAAUUUAUUGCUGGCCUGGACUCUGUUAAUGUUCACAGAGUUUAUAGUAAAUAUUAUGAUUUUAUUUAAACUUUACAGAGGAAAAACAAGAGAUGCUGAACUACCUUUGCAGCACAUUUCCUCAUUUUUUAAGUCAAAACCUCAUGACUCAAUAUGUUUUAAAUUCUCAGUCAUGCACUCAUAAAGGAUAGGGGCUUGGAUUGAUUUCUUUUCUUGGUUACUAAAGCAAAAUCAAGUUGGUGUCUCCCUUGUCUCUGUUUUUCUUUCUUUUUAAUUUUUUAAGGUACAAUGGCCUUCCCCCCAAAUGUCAUGCCUUGGUUUUCCUUUAUAGUAAUUUGGUCAGGAAAAAUCUGGCACUACAAUCUAAGCCAUCAGUUGUUCUGAUUUUUCAGUAACUACUUUUUUGAAGGAUCAAAUGUAUUGAUACUCUACUUUUAUUUCUUAAUGUUUGGCAGAGAUGUCAAAUAUGUCUGCUUUUUGGCAUUUUUUGCACUGAAGGCUGAGAGUGUUGUUUCAGUGGAAACAUUAUUUGUAGCAGUGUUAACAGAUUUCACCUUUUAUUGUACCAUGGAAACUCAGCUAACUGCAACAAACUACUAAGACACAAAAGGAAUUCAUGAAGUAGGAUAGCUUUAUGUUUUUUAAUUGCCACAUGCCAUUACUUUUCUGUGUUUCUCUUUCUCUCUUCCACGGCUGUUUUCCUUUUUUCCUAAUCACAGAUGCCAAAUGUCAUGGACAAUAGCCCAGAACUUUUUUUUUAAGUAAUCAGGCUGUUUAGAUUUCUCACCACAAUUUCAGUUCUACUUUACUGUCUACAAUGUUAUAUGUUGCCAAAUUUGGCUCUUUUUAAAAAAUAUAUAGAAGCAUUAACUUUGAAAUGUAAGAUACAGAUUUAGAAUGCCAAGUUAACUGAUUGGGAAUUUAUUCCAGAAAACUGCCAAACAUUUAAGCAGCUACAUUUCAGCUUCUAUGUUCCCUCUUUGUAUUAGAAAGCAUUCCAUUCUCAAUGCCAAAAAAAGCAGUGUGAGUGAAAAAGUUAUUUGGUGCUACAUACACACACGCAUCUAGUCUCUUAAUUCAAAGACAGUUUUACACUUAUCUAUGGUGGCAUAGCAUUGCACAGUGGGGUUUUUUUCUUUCUUAAUGCACCUUUAAGUGAAAGAUACAAAAUGAAAAAUAAAGCAUCCUUGGUAUGGUCACUUAAUAGAUUUGGGAAUUUCUAAGCGGGAGCCUUUCAUAGAAUUUUUACUAUAUAUUAAAUGGCCUAAUACAACCUAUUGGAAGGCUAAGGCAGCAGUCCUAUGAACAUUUACCUGGGGUAAGUCCCAGUGAAUUCAGUUGGAAUUUCGUCUUGAGUGGACAUGCAUAGGAUAUGUUUAUCAGUUUGUAACAAUAAAAUUCAACAGCAACAACCACAAGACUGCAAUGCCUGGAUGAGCAUCUCUUUUAUUACAUGUUUGGGUUGAAACCUAAUUGUUAUGGUUUUGUUGAAAAACAACCCUGUAAAUAAGAUUGCUGUCAAGUGAUAGAGCUGUGUACGAGGAGUAGAAAGGUCACAUGUGAAACUGGACUAACUUUUCUAAAAUGCCGUGUCUUCUAAAAUGCACUUAUAAGUCAAAACCAUUGUUUCAGCUGUUGUUUUGGCAGAGGAGAUGGUGAAGGACAGCUUAUUAGUUUAGUACCAAAUAUGAGUCCAAUCUAUGGAGCAUUAAUUCCAGUGGCACUGGUGCUGGAUUCCCACUGUAAUGAGCAUGGUUGAUACCAGAGCAGUGCUUGACAAAUAGCCCUCAAUAAAUACUAAUGAGACCUAGCUCACCCUUAACUCUUUCCAUCAUAAUUAAUGAAAUGUGAGCUGCUUUUGUUCCCUUAUCAUGAAAAAUCUUGUAAUUUUUAAAAUGGUUGUAGGUAUAGUGCAAUUAUGAAUGCUAUAAUCAUUGUACAUACAUAUAUAUAUAUAAUAUAUAAUAUAUAUAUAUGGCAGCAUCCAUAUUGGCUUUGUAAUCAUUAAUUUUGGCAGAUUGAAUGUGCUGUAUUGAUAUAUAUCUAUGUAAUUGUAAUGUAUGUCUUACAGAUAAUUCACAAUUUAAAUAAUGUUAUUUUAUUUACUUUUUUAAGAGAGAAGAAUGUAAAAUUUUGUCAGUUAUUUCUGACUAGGGUGUUUUUUAAUUUUUAUUUACAAAAAGAAUUAUAGUGCAGAGCGGUACUAAUAUCAUGCUGUGUAAAAUCAUUUGCACAACCCUUAGCAGGCAUGGACUGCAAACAAAUGUACCCACACACAUCACUGACUUUCCAAUUCAUGUUUUCAGGGGCAGGGGGUUCAUUAUAGAGGUAGCCCAUACCUCCUUGGAAUUAUGUGCUGGAUUACAUUGUUCUUUGGCAAAUGAAAUGAAGGCUAUUUACUUCUGUCCUCUUUCUAUGAGGGUGUCCCCACAAACUGUCCUAUUUGUGGUUUUGUACCACUGGAUGAUGAUCUGACGUCAGCUUAUAAUUGAGGCAUGCCAUGAGGCAUUCAGUCUUACCAAUGCAUUCCACACAAUCUUAUCUGGUCAGAAACCAUAUGGCUGAAAGCUUACUAUUUUUUAAGCCUCUCCUUUGGGAGAGGGAAAAAUGUAUGUUGAGCCUAGUCUUAAUGUGGAGGACAUAUAGUUCUCUAUGGGUAACAGUGUGACAAUAAAGAAUCCCGUUGUGCCUCAUCACACAUGCCAGUUUUCCUACAUAAAAGUCAUUUAAAUGUAAGACAGAACAUAGAAAUCAUGGACAUGUGUGCCUCUAUCUGUAUGUGCACAUGUGGAGGGAAGCCGAUACACAAAAAGUUGUCCUCUGAAAAAGGCACCUUAUAAAAUGCAGUCCCAAUCCAUUGUACCAACAAAUUCAUUGUGUGCUUACUGUCACAUCCUGGUAUAUGUCAUACUCCAAAAUGUGGUAUGUCAGUUCCACUUCAACCUGAAAGAUAGUAACUUACUUUAACAAAGUUUCCACUGAUAAUAUUCUAAGAAACCCCAAGUAUUUUGUUACAAAACUAUAGUUUAUAGGCUUAAAUUGAAGAAGUGAUGCUAAAAUGGGCAUUGUGGGAUGGAUCUGGGCACAUCUGCUUUUAUUUAAGAGUAUUGUGAGAUGGUUCUGAUGUGGAAGGCAGCAUGCUAUCUUAUUUUUGCAGCUGCAUUUCAUUACUAUUGUGCUUAGAUAGGGCCCAUGCAACAUUAUUUAUCACAUAUAACAUUUUAUUCCAGUACUUACCAUAUUCUCCUCAAAAUAAUUCAUUAAGGUAGAUUGUUCAGCCAGCUUCUGAUGCUUCACUAGGCAAAGUUCUUGUAAGACAAGCUGAACCAGCCGGUCUUGUGCAGAAGUGGCUACACACUGGACUGGCUCGGCUUGUUCGUCUCCAUCCUCUGAAGCCACCUUGUGCUAGUGUCUUGCUAUGUGACAAGACUGUGGCAGGUGGUUUGAAACCAGGUCUGCCAGAUGUUUGUGGCACACGGUGCAUUAGUGGUCUUGAAACUGGUGAAGCUUUGGAGCAGUCAUGGCCAGUGGCUUCUUCUACUCAGGCCUGGGUUUCUCUAUCUAAACUCGGGGGCAAAAGGCAGUAUCCCAUCUUCUAAAUGGAAUAAACUGACCACUCCAUUUUUAAGUAAAUUUGUUGUGUUCUUACUUUUUUUAAAGUCCCAAACGAACAGAAGAGCCUAAAAUGAUUUGAGAUUGUGAUUGUCUGUUAUUUAUUCUGCUUUUUGUGGGGAAUGUUGAAAUGUCUUGAAAUUUGUAAAAUGAAAAAUAAUGUUUACUUAGGUUUUCUAGUUGUAUUACAAAAAUGUUCAAGACUAUCACUAACAUAUUCUAAGCAAGCUAGACUUCUGGUAAAUUUAAUAAUUGGAUUAUCUUGGGGUUGGAAAGACAGGGAUGUAAAUCUAUCAAGGCAAGCCUCCUUUGAAUUGCCCACACUGCAUUGCCAGGUGCCGGUACAUCAUAGCCUUUAUUAAAUGACUAUGCUGUCCCAUCUGAAGUUUGUGUUGCUCAGAUUUAUUUUUCUUUGAUAAAUGGCUGAAGAUCUUCUGCUCUGCCUUAGAGAUUUUGAACCCAGACAUUAGUGCCUCUUGACAAAAAUAUCAAAAAGGAUUGCAUAUUUGCCAAAACAAUGUAAAACUGACUUCCAUAAAUGGACACACAGGGCAACAGGAAGCUUUUUGGAAUUGUGCAUUCGUGGUGUUUGUUAGGAAUACAGCCCUCUGGAAAAGUGGUGUUCAGUCCAUUUUAUAGUUACUGGGAGUUGUGCAGGUGCAGUUCUCUUUCAACUCAGUGGGACUUGUGCAGGAGAACUUAAGGGAUUGUGCUCUAGCGCACAAAAGCUAUUAGUAUAUUGAAUAUUAAUGAUUGUGGUUUUUUCUUUUGCAAGCCCUUAAAAUUGGCCUUUCUCACAACUUGUUGGUGCUAUCCAGAAAUGCAUGAAGGAUGAAAGCAUGAACAAAGGCAUUCUUACUAUUCAAAGUCAUGUUGAUUGUGAAGGUUAUGCAAGCAGAUUUCUUUUCAAUUAUACCACCACAUUAGCAUAAUAUUUCCCAGUCUUCAAGUUCAGGGGAGUAGACUUCUCAAUGGAAUACCAACUCAGAAAUGAAUGCAUGAUUUGCAAGCUACAAACAAACCUGCUGGGCAGGAAGGGGUUGCAGAGAGACUGCUGGGCCAUCCCAGCCUGUGUGUGUAAGAUACAAGUGAUUUUUGGCUUACCCAUGACCUUUCCCAUUUGUUUUACAUUCCUCACAAGACUGAAAUGACAAAAAGUUGAAAAUGUUAACACACAUGAAAAAAAAAUAAACUACAACCCCCCAUAAUUUAAAGAUGUGCUGCUCUUCUUGCAAUUCUUUUAAAAAUUAUUUUUUCAUACAAACUGCAGUUAUACCAACUACAAUAGUACUUUCACAUAACUAGUAGCUUGUGCUCAGUGUGUUAACAUGGCCUACCAAAGACUUGCCUUAGCUGAAAUCUAAUCAUGUGGUCACCUUGUGUUUUGCGGAUUCCAUCAUUUUAUGGAAUGUGUAGCUGUAUUUUGGACAUGCAGAUACCUGCUUUUGUAAAUAGCAACCCUUCCGAUACACAUUUAUACUUCUGAGUAUGCAUUAUACAUAUACCUUCUCUGUGUAGCCACAUGUCAGUUAGGAAAAUAGUUCACACACUUUUCUCCAAAGCACAUUGGCCCAGUUCAGGGCUCUGCACCCACUGGUAUGGAACUGGCCACUUUGUGUAAAUGGGAGCCCAUCCAAGUCGGUGGACAGGGCAGGAAAAUGAUCGUUCUUUCCAUUGAGUGACCCAGAAGUCACUCUGGGAAAAGGAACUUGUGUGUUUAUUUGAUGUCCUGUGAAUACAAGGAAUUACCAUAUUAGGGUGCAUAGAUCCCAAAAUACUUUUUUUCUUUCUCUAAUCUGCUAAGAAAUCAGUUCUUUUAUAUGGUCUUUUGAUGGCCAUUUAUGAUUCCCAUUAAUUCUAGUGUGCCUAUACCCAUGCAAGUGGGUCUUGUGUGUUUGUUUUUUAAUGUUGCAUACAACAUUCAUGGGUUGAACAAGUUCGUUCUGCAAAAAAAUGAUUAUUAAAUUGAAAGGCAGAAUACAGAAGGAUUUGGUUGUACAGGACAUUUUGUUCUCCAAGGGGGACUCAAGAUGCACUUGGUUAGUGAUUUCUUUAUACCACCAUCUUGGGAGUUGACCUUCUAGGACCUGUAUUUAGCAGAUGGAACGCAUACACAGUAUUUUAUAAUUGCACUUGUUCUUAAUGUCCUUCAACUGCAUGUAUUGUCUACGAUUUGGGGAAUGAAAGGUUUUGACAAGAGCUAUUGUAUAUUUCCCCAAAUGACCUUGCUAGUUAAAAUUACAACAUCUUUGGUCAUACUUUUGUAUUCCAGUAACUUCCUUCCUUACACUACCAUCUUUUGAAGUACUUUUGGCUUAUUGUUCUCCUUAAAUGCUUUUUUAUUAUAAUAUUGGAAUAAAUAGCUUUAUUCCAGUGCCUACUUAGUGCAGUGCUUUAUCCUAAUUAGAGAAUACUCAUCUGCAGUAUCUGGUGCAUAUAUUUGUAACUCAAAGGUUUGUUCAUUCCUUCUUUCUUCCUGCGUUGGAGGAUAUUUUUUCCUAUAUUAUUAAUAAAGAAUACUGAAAAAUCA